GGUAGCAGGUGCCGGUAAGUAGGCAGUGAGGACAAAGCCACCCACCCACCGAUCGAGAGUCAGUCUCUCCCGGCCCUCCCUCCCCUCGUGCGGUAGCCUCCAAAUCAUCCAACGUCCAAUCCACUUCCAACAAGAUACCGCCACCAUCCUCCGCCUGAUCCGACCUCUUCCGUCAGCGACAGCGACCCCGCAACGCCCGGCUCCGUCGGGAUGGAGGAGGAGGGCGGCGCGAGGAAGGCGGUGCUCUUCAGGCUGUUCGGCGUCGAGGUCCGCGGAGCGGAGGAGGAGGAGGAGGAUGACGCGGAGCCCAUGGAGCUCAAGAAGAGCACCAGCAUGCCCAACCUCGCCUCCAUCGGCCCGAUUCUACCGCGCGGCGAGGCCAGCGCCAGCCACGACAAGGGCUACGCCUCCGACGACGGCGAGCUGGCGUCCACGCCGCAGCUCAAGCGCCGCCGCCGCAAGGCCCAGGAGCGCAAGAAAGGGAUUCCGUGGACCGAGGAGGAGCACAGGAAGUUCCUGGAGGGUCUGAAGCAGCUGGGCAAGGGGGACUGGAGAGGCAUCUCCAAGAACUUCGUCACCACCAGGACGGCCACGCAGGUGGCCAGCCACGCCCAGAAGUACUUCCUCCGGCAGACCAACCCCGGCAAGAAGAAGCGCCGGGCCAGCCUCUUCGACGUCGGCAUCCCCGCCGGCCACGGCUACGACGAUCAGCUGCCGAGUCCUCACAGUGUUGGAACCAAGCUUGCUCCUGCCGAGAAGAUACUCCACACCGACCACGGCGACGUGCCGCUACCAAGUUAUUCUGAAGUCAUCAGGGGCAACAACAACAACAACACCCAGAUGCAGGCUGAUGAACUAACUGACCAUGCGAAGAAGAGAUCAAAGUUCCCCACCGGAAUGUCGCUGACCGCCAUGGCUGCCUCCGGGCUUGAGCUGGCAAUGUCUUCCUCUCCCAGCAGCAUCCUGGAGCUCAGCAUCGGGCCUCCUCGCCACUGCGCGGUCGAUGCCAUCAAGGUGCUGUGAUUGAUCCCCGGCUGCCGGGCUUGGCCGAAAGGAUUUACCUGGUGUCCCUGUUCUUGUUGCCGUGCUAACCUUGUUGUCCGUUCGAUCGUCGUAGUAGCUUCUUCAGCUAGCGUAUGGAGUAAAAUACAUAAGAAUUGUCUGCUUUGGUACUACAAGUUGGUGAAGGGAAACCAGAGAGGGGUUAUGUAGUAGAUUUGUUUGUACUGUAUGGUUACCAGAUUUAAUUAAUGUUAUAUCGGUGCUUGCAUGGUGAUUUAGUAAA